UUGCCACGCUGCAGACGAUGCGAGAACCCCUGUCCAGGCUGGACGUGGGCACUCUCGAGUCAUGCUCAGAAGUUCUCUCCCAACGGGGCUUUACGGCUCUCAUCCGGCUCUUAACUCCUCGUCAUUAUGCCAGGAAUCUUUGCUCGAUAAAAUAGUUCCUCACGCCAUUUUUCUUCCAAUUUGCCUUACAGACAUUUCCUCUCUUCCCAUUCCAGCUCCCAACCUCUACAUUGUUCUCGGAAGAGCGUACCGGUGUCAAGUGAGUUGUGCCCUGAUCGGAGCGUGUAUGCUCGUGAUUUGGGUGAUUACUUCUUGGGUAGAACUUCGGAUUGCGUGAUUGUGUUUAAACGGGGAUUGAGAUUAGCGGGGUGGGUAGACGGACGGCAAAAUUUUGCGGAUCUGGCUUAGAUUUUGGGUUCCACGUGAGGGAAGAUGAGUCGGCCGGAUCGUACCAUCGGGGUGGCAUUGGACUACUCGGCGAGUAGCAAGUAUGCAUUGAAGUGGGCCGUGGAUAACCUGCUUCGCCAACAUGACCAGUUGACUGUGCUGAUCGUGCACAAAGAGUUUAAUACCGAGGAUAGCCAAUACAUUCUGUUUGGGAAGUAUGGAUCACAACUCAUUCCUCUUGCCGAAGAGGAGGAGCCCGGUACUCAGAGGCGGUACAAUUUGAAACAGGACGAGGAGGUUCAGUCUUACCUCAAGGAAGCCGUCACUGCAAAGAAGGCUACAGUAGUGUUCAAGGUCUACUGGGGGGAUCCGAAGGAAAACAUAUGCAAGUCUGUCAACGACGUUCCUCUUGAUUUUCUCGUCAUGGGUUGCCGGGGACUGAGCGCACUGAAAAGGACAUUUAUGGGUAGCGUCAGCAACUACGUCUCCAACAGCGUGCCCUGCCCAGUCACCAUCGUGAAGCUUCCACCAAAUAUGUCUUCUUAGAGACGUACUAAAUUUGUUUUGAAAGGUUUCACAGUAGUGCCAUUCAUUUGUAGUGAGAUGGUUGGAUCUCUCAUUAUAAUGGUUACAGAAUUCGAAGGAAUAAGUCGCCGUUGUUUCUUUCAUUGUGAUGAAACCAUUGUCUUUUAAUCUUAUGACUCUGCAGAGUAUGCUUCAACAUAAGAUU